AUGGCUCCCGGUCAGGUCGAGAUCCGCACGCCGUCGCGGCCCUCGAACGGCGCCAGCGGCGAUGCGCCCAAGCUCAACAAGAUCAGCUCCUUCAUCACCCAGAGCGUCGACAAGGGCGGUGCGCAGUCGAUGCUCCACGCCUGCGGCCUCACCGUAGACGACUUUGACAAGGCACAGGUCGGAAUCUCAUCGGUCUGGUGGGAGGGCAACCCUUGCAACACCCACCUGCUCGAGUUUGGAAAGAAGAUCAAGGAGGGUUGCGAGGCCGCCGGCCUGGUCGGUCUGCAGAACAACACUGUCGGUGUCUCGGACGCCAUCACCAUGGGCGGGCCUGGCAUGAACUACUCGCUGCCCUCGCGAGAGCUCAUCGCCGAUUCGAUCGAGACCAUCACCAUGGCACAGUACCACGACGCCAACGUCUCGAUCCCCGGCUGUGAUAAGAACAUGCCCGGCUGCAUGAUUGCCUGCAUGCGACACAACCGCCCAUCGAUCAUCGUCUACGGCGGCACGAUCCAGCCUGGAACGCACAACAUGGACAUCCCCGGCAUGGGCCGCAAGAAGGGAGACAGCUGCAACGUCGCCGACAACUUCGAGGCUUCGGGAGCCUACGCAGCGGGCAAGAUCACUGCCGAGGAGCGCGUCGACAUUAUCCGCAACUCGUGCCCCGGCCCCGGCGCCUGCGGCGGCAUGUACACCGCCAACACGCUCUCGACGGCGAUCGAGGUCAUGGGCAUGGGUCUGCCGCUCACCUCGAGCACGCCCGCCGUGUACCCGGAGAAGAUCCAGGAGUGCCUGCGCGUCGGAGAGGCGAUCAAGAACCUGCUCGCGCUCGACCUCAAGCCGCGCGACAUCAUGACCAAGGAGGCGUUUGAGAAUGCCAUCACCGUCACGCACAUCCUCGGCGGCUCGACCAACGCCGUGCUCCACCUCAUCGCCGUCGCGCGGGCGGGAGACAUUGACCUGACCAUCGACGACUUCCAGAGGAUCGGAGACAAGACGCCCUUCCUCGCCGACCUCAAGCCGUCGGGACGCUACUUUAUGGAGGACCUGCACAAGAUCGGAGGCAUCCCGCGCGUGCUCAAGUACCUGCUCGACCACACCGACCUGCUCCACGGCGACGUCAUGACGGUCACGGGCAAGACGAUGCGCGAGAACCUGGCCGACGUCGAGCCGCUCGACUUUGAGACGCAGGACAUCAUCCACCCCAUCGAGCGACCGCUCAAGCCCACGGGCCACCUCACCAUCAUGCGCGGCUCGCUGUGUCCCGGUGGAGCGGUGAGCAAGCUGACGGGCAAGGAGGGCCUGCAGUUUGAGGGUGUGGCCAAGGUCUUUGACGGCGAGGAGGGCAUCGUCGACAGCAUCGCCAACGGCCACAUCACGCACGGCUCGGUCGUGGUGAUCCGCUACGUCGGGCCAAAGGGAGGACCGGGCAUGCCGGAGAUGCUCGGCCCCACGGCGGCCAUCAUGGGAGCCGGGCUGGGCAAGACGGUGGCGCUCAUCACCGACGGACGCUUCUCUGGGGCCUCGCACGGCUUCUGUACGGGACACGUCGUCCCCGAGGCGGCCGAGGGUGGACCGAUUGCGCUGGUGCGCGACGGCGACAAGAUUACGAUUGACGCCGCCACGCGCGAGAUCAACCUGCAGGUCGACGAGGCCGAGCUGGCCAGCCGGAGAAAGGAAUGGGAGCAGACCAAGAAGGGCAAGACGAUCAAGGUCAAGCGCGGCUGGCUGUACAAGUUUGCACGCGACGUCCAGAACGCCAGCGAGGGCUGCGUCACGGAUCGCGAGUUCUUCUAG